AUUUAAUAUUUGCUUCACGUAUAUGGCGUAAAUCAAUUAAAACUGCUGUGUUUUUAAUUAAUUUGAUUUAAUAAAUGUGAGUGUUGAAAAUGAUUAUAGAUGGAAAGUUGGAGAAUGUCAAAAGACCUGGAAAAAGUUUUAUAUUUGACACUAGCAAGGAGCUAUCAGAGAGAAAUCAGAUGCACUAUGAAGCAUUAUGUGAAGCAAUUGACGAACACGUGUACAAGUUGCUUGAAGAAGAAGACUUGGAAAGACUUCCAGUACCAAAAGCAUCUUGCAGCACGAUAGAAUUUCAAUCAUUCAUCUAUGCAAGCAAGGAUAGUCUUCAAAAUGACAAGUUGAUAAUAUUGGUUAAUGGCUGUGGAGCUAAGGCUGGUCAAUGGUCUAGACAUACGAUAAUACAUGACAAUUUUUACUAUGGUACUCAAAUCUCAUAUAUUAGAGAAGCAAAGAAGUUGGGCUAUGGCAUUCUAGUGCUCAAUAUUAAUGACAACUUCAGAAUCACUGCUGAGUACAUGCAUUCAAUUCCAGGUAGUGAAGAUGGUUACGAGCAUUUAAGCACAGUGUGGAAUGAUUACGUUCUAGAUUGUAAAGCUAAGAAUAUUGCCAUUAUCGCUCAUGAUUUUGGAGGGGAUUGUAUAGUACAAUAUAAGAUGAUAUUCGGAGAAAAGUUUAAAGAUAGAGUUUUCGCGAUAGCUUUAAUUAGCUCCAUGCGUCUCAUACGUUGGAAAGACUCAAACCUGGAAGACGUCAUCAAAACGUGGGAUAAUAAACUGGAUUUAAAAGUAAAGCGUGUUAAAACGUCAAAAAAUAGAACCUUCAACUGUUUAAUAAAUGAAAAUAACCGUGAAAAUUUGCCGUAUCUUUGUAUGACACCGGUGUUCACUUACAUACAAAGUAAAUAUCUUCUCAAAAACGAUCGCAAACUUUCUGAUGGAUCAUCAUGAUCAUCAUGAUAAUUCUAAACACGUUAUUCAAAAUAGCAUGAGAGCUAUUUAAUUUUAAUUGUAACGAUAUUACAAAGUAUCGGGCAGUACUGUUAGCAGCAAAUUAACUUCAAAAUGCAAAUUUUUUCUUUCAUGGACAGAC